UUCAACCUUCCUCCCCAUCCGCCGCCGUUCGUGGCCCGGCCCGAGCCGCCCCCGCCGACACCUGGGACUGUACCAAGUCUGCUCAGAGGGCUUUCCCUUUUACUCCCGGGGGCCCCGCGGCUCGGCGCGACAGGGCCUCGGCUCGAAGCCGAGCUCUUCCCGUCCCCGCUUUCCCCCCUCCCGGAGGUCGAGCCUGUGGGACGUUCCGGGCUCCUCCUCCUCCUCCUGGCCCCGAGGCGGGGCCUUGUGCGCAGGUGCCUGAGCCGCCGCUGCUUGGGCGGCUGCGGGGACCCGGACUCGAAGCCGGGACAGGGACCGCGCCAGGCAGAGCGACCGGCCCAGGCGAGGGCGCAGGGCGCGGCGCGGCGCGAUCGGGAUCUCGCUCCUGGGGCUCCGCGGCGGCGGCCAGGCCCAUGGGCGGCUGAGCGGGACGACGCGGGCGGGUCGAGCCCAGCCGCCAUGGCCGACGACUACUGGGACCUCCCGCGCCGCCGCCGCCGCCGCCGCCGCCGGGGCCGCCGCCGCCGCCGCCUCCGGGGCCUGCCCGGAGCCUCCGCCCACGGAGCCCAGGGGGCCGUCGCCGCCGCAGCCGCCGCCGCAGCCGCCACCGCGCCGGGCCCGGAGCACUGAGGCCCCCCGCGCCCCCGCGCCCCAGCCCGCGUCCCCACCCCCGCUGCCUCCGGCUCCCCAAGAACAAGAGGCAGUGUGGUGCAUGCAGGGCUUGUUCCAGUGCGAUGACUUUGCCUUAAAUGCUGGCUCUGCCGUUUCCUACCUGUGUGACCUUGGGCAAGUCAAUUGGAGCUUCCCUUGCCUCCUCUGUGAACAGCUGGGAGGACAGACAGGUCAUUCUACAAGCUGCCCUAUUCAAGUCACCAUGGACCGAAUGAAGAAGAUCAAGCGGCAGCUCUCCAUGACACUCCGGGGAAGCCGACCCUCGGAGAAGACUGGCGGCUCUGAGCAGAUCAACAUCGAAGACAGUAACUGCAGUGACAACGGCCCUAGCCCCGGUGGGAGGAAGGGCAUCUUGCCCUCGUCCCACAGCCUGCUACCCACGGUUCGCCUGCCCCCCCGAGCAUCCAGGAGCUUGCCCGCCCUUGGCCCCACCCCCCGGGCACCCCGGCAGCCUCCACCACCGCCGGCCCGCCGGCCCCGGGCCAGUCGCAGCCUCAGCUCCCCACUGGACCAUGGCACCAGACUAGAGAUUGUGCAUGAAGAUCUGAAGAUUGGUUCAGAUGGGGAGAGCGACCAGGCGUCAGCCACGUCCUCCGACGAGGUGCAGUCACCCGUGAGGGUCCGAAUGCGAAACCAUCCGGCCCGCAAGAUCUCUACCGAGGACAUCAACAAGCGCCUCUCCCUACCUGCCGACAUCCGGCUGCCUGAGGGCUAUCUGGAGAAGCUGACCCUCAAUAGCCCGCUCUUUGACAAGCCCCUGAGCCGGCGCCUCCGCCGGGUCUCCCUGUCUGAGAUUGGCUUUGGCAAGCUGGAGACGUAUGUGAAGCUGGACAAACUGGGAGAGGGUACCUAUGCCACUGUAUAUAAGGGGAAGAGCAAGUUGACAGACAACCUGGUUGCCCUGAAGGAGAUCCGACUGGAGCAUGAGGAGGGUGCCCCCUGCACCGCCAUUCGAGAAGUAUCUCUGCUGAAGGACCUGAAACACGCCAACAUCGUCACCCUGCAUGACAUCAUUCAUACUGACAAGUCCCUGACCUUGGUCUUUGAGUACCUGGACAAGGACCUGAAGCAGUACCUGGAGGACUGUGGCAACGUCAUUAACGUGCACAACGUCAAGCUCUUCUUGUUUCAGCUGCUCCGGGGCCUGGCCUACUGUCACCGACAGAAGGUGCUACACCGUGACCUCAAACCCCAGAACCUGCUGAUCAACGAGCGAGGGGAACUCAAGCUAGCGGACUUUGGCCUGGCCAGGGCCAAGUCCAUCCCAACCAAAACGUACUCCAACGAGGUGGUGACCCUGUGGUACCGGCCUCCGGACAUCCUGCUGGGCUCCACGGACUACUCCACCCAGAUAGACAUGUGGGGCGUGGGCUGCAUUUUCUACGAGAUGGCCACAGGCAGGCCCCUGUUCCCCGGCUCGACGGUGGAGGAGCAGUUGCAUUUCAUCUUUCGCAUUCUGGGGACCCCCACUGAAGAGACUUGGCCGGGAAUCUCCUCCAACGAAGAGUUCAAAAACUACGAUUACCCCAAAUAUCGAGCGGAGGCGCUACUGAGCCACGCACCCCGGCUGGACACCGAUGGGGCGGACCUCUUGGGCAGACUCCUGCAGUUUGAAGGACGGAAUCGGAUCUCUGCGGAUGACGCCAUGAGACACCCCUUCUUCCAGAGUUUGGGGUCCAGAAUUCAUAAACUCCCUGACACUACUUCCAUAUUUGCACUAAAGGAGAUCCAGUUACAGAAGGAGACCGGCCUUCGCGCAGCCUCCCUCACAGACUCGGCUCUCUGCUUCCCCCCACAGGCAGGCCAGCCUUCCGGGUGGUGGACACCGAGUUCUAAGCCCUCGGGGCAGCUGGCUUUGAGAAGGUGCUGGUGACUGGCUGGAGGCUGAAGCCUCCGGAGGCCCAUGGAGGCCGCUGGGAGAAGGGCUGCAGUGGAGCCAGUCCUGCUCUCUACCUAUCUCUCUCCCUGCCUUUUCUCUUCCUUUCCCCCCAACUCCCCCCUCCCGCACAGCUCUCACCUCCCGCCCCCCAC